UCCCGUCCCGGGCGCGACCCCCUGGCCGUCGCCCCCCCCUAUCCUCCCUGGACACACGCGCACGCAGGUGCAGCCUUCGCUGCGCCGGCCACCGGCCCGCAGAUACUCUGGCCUCGCCCCCCCGCGACCCGGGGUCCCGCCGUGCGGCCGGUGGGGGCCGGGGCGGAGCUGGCGGGCGGCCCUGGGCGCGCGGCCUUGCCCUCGGUGGCCCAGCCCCCACCCCCCAUUCACUGAGCCGCGACCGUGACUCGCUGCCCAGUGACGUGAGGCCGGCCCAACUUUACGUAACCCGCCCGGCGCCCAGUGUCCACACAGGGUACACCCGGGGCGCGGAGGCCCCGGCGUGGGGCGCCGCUUUUCAGUCACGGUGCCCCCUUAAAGGGCUGUGUGGCUCCAGCUCCCCGCCCCCUGCCCGGUGUCUGUAACUUAGUUACCCGGUUUGUGUGGACUCAGCCUACCCGCUGACCCAGGGCCCUUGUGACCCAAGGGCUUACCCUUGACAAAAUGCGGUGGAGAGCUGGGGCCAGGGGCUGGAAGUCAGGGCUCAGAUGAGGAAGCUGAGGCUCAGAGGACAGUGAUACACCCACCUGCACGGAACUUGGUCGCUGCGGUGCACUAACCAGGUAGGUUAGUUAGAACUCCGGGAGUUCGUGAUGGACAGGGAGGCCUGGCGUGCUGCGAUUCAUGGGGUCGCAAAGAGUCGGACACGACUGAGCGACUGAAUUGAACUGAACCAGGUGGUUGGCCCCCGAGGGCCCAUGCCGUGAGGUGAGGACACCCAGCCAGCAUGCCGUGGGACGCGCGACUGCCGGGGGGCGGCGCGGAAGGCGGGCCCGAGGGCGCAGGGGCGGCGCGCUCUAGGGCGCAGAAGCAGUGCCGCAAGUCGUCGUUCGCCUUCUACCAGGCCGUGCGCGACCUGCUGCCUGUCUGGCUGCUGGAGGACAUGCGCGCCAGCGAGGCCUUCCACUGGGACGAGCGCGGCCGCGCCGCCGCCUACUCGCCGUCUGAGGCGCUGCUCUACGCGCUGGUGCACGACCACCAGGGGUACGCGCACUACCUGCUGGCCACCUUCCCGCGGCGCGCCCUCGCGCCUCCCAGCGCCGGCUUCCGCUGCUGCACGGCGCCGGGGCCGCACGUGGCGCUGGCCGUGCGCUACAACCGCGUGGGCAUCCUGCGCCGAAUCCUGCGCACCGUGCGCGACUUCCCAGCCGAGGAGCGCGCGCGCCUGCUCGACCGGCACGGCUGCAGCCGUGUGGAGGGUGGUGGCACGGCGCUGCACGUGGCCUGCGAGCUGGUGCGCCCCGAGUGCCUCUUCCUGCUGCUUGGCCACGGCGCCUCGCCAGGCCUGCGCGACGGCGGCGGCCUAACACCUCUCGAGCUGCUGCUGCGCCAGCUGGGCCGUGACGCCGGGGCCAUCGCCCCUGCGGCCUCCGGGGCGCCUGCGCCGCCGCCUGGGGAGCCGCGCCAGCGCCGCCUGCUGCUGCUGGACCUGCUGGCGCUGUACACACCCGCGGAUGCCGCCGGCCCGGCCCGCCUCGAGCUGCUGGGUGACCGGCCGCGCUGGCGGCGGCUGCUGGGCGAGGAGAAGUUCCAGUGGCUGGCGGGCCUCGCGCCGCCCUCGCUCUUCGCGCGCGCCAUGCAGGUGCUGGUCACCGCCAUCUCACCCGGCCGCUUCCCCGAGGCCCUGGACGAGCUGCCGCUGCCGCCCUUCUUGCAGCCGCUGGACCUCACGGGCAAGGGCUAGAUCGCGGGGGCGCUCCGGGCCCUGGACUUUUGGAGCAUACAAUUUUUAAGAGCGUUGUACCUGGCACUUUACAUAUAUUGUUUCUGGACGGCA